AAUUAUUAUAUAUUAUAAAUAAAUUAUCUCUAGAAUAGAAUUAUAGAUCUCUAGUAGUCUCUACUUAGUCGUCUUAGAUCUAUUCCAGAUAUUGAUUUCAGCCUAUUUCAGGAUUUUGAUGUACUAGAGAGUUCUAGACUUAGAGUCUAGAUCUAAAUCUAGAUGAGUAGAUCUAUUUAUUUAUAUAUUCAAUAUUCUAUUCACUAUUGAUUUAAUAAGUGUUAAUAACAGAAUACUGAUAGGCCUAUCAUGCCCUAUGUCUAGAAUGUCUAUAUCUAUAUUAUUCUAUAUCUUAUGAUGUCUUAUCUAGACUAGAUUAAACAAAAUUAUUUAUAGUAGAUUCUACUAUACUAUUUCUAGAUCUAGCCUAGUCUGAAGACUGACUCUAGUCUAGAUAAUCAUACUGUGAUUAGUCUACACAACACACUACUCAGUCUCAGUACUCGGAUUCUCAGUACCUGUGUUACUAUAUUUAUAUACUAGUGAAUAAUAUCAUCAUUCAUCAUCCUGUGUGUUUUACCCCUUGUUAGGCCUGUUGUAUCAUGAUAAUUAUCAUGUAUGGCUAUAGUUUAUUAAGUAUAACUACAUGGACUAGAAUGCCACUAGAUUUAGAUGAUCAUCUGUUAAUCUGUUUGUGGAAUAAAUGAAUUGAAUCAUGAAUCAAGAUUACUGACAAGUGUAUGUCACAACAUUGUCAACAUUCAUAAUGAUAUUAAUUAUAGAGAUGUAAAUUUAUAAAAUACAGACGUUACUUCAAAAAUGAAGAUGAUACAUGUCACAAUCUUAUGGCGUGCUAGAUGAAGAUUAUCUUGAUCUGAACUGCACAACCAAUGAUCAUGAUUGCCGAGGAUCUAGAAAUCAUCAGUUGAUAAGAUGAUUCUUUAUUAGUUGCUAGUUGAUAAGAUGAUCAUCUAGAAGUUGCUAGUCGAUAAGACGAUCUAAGUAUAUUAUUAUUAUAUUCAAUGAAGAAACUUCUCCUCGUCAAAUACAAAUACUUUAAUUCAAAACUUGGAAUGUAACAGCUAUUCACAAUAAUUAUAAUGACUGUUAAAGACAAUUCUUGCAAUCUUGAUCAGAUUGUAAUAUAAGGAUGGCUGUGUGCUACUCAAGACCUUGUCAAGAAAGAAUUAAUGUAGAUCUAGUCCUAAUUAUUAAUAUUAGAAUAGAUCUAGAACUAUAGAAUCUUUACUGUAAACUUUGUGCAUAUUAAUAUUCAAGUGUGAGCUUUGCUGCAUAUUUAUAAAAUGGCAGACAAAGGGAGUAGCAGCAGUGGAAGUGAAAAUGGAGAUUCAAGAAUUUCAAGUCUUUCUAGUGCAAGUGAAGAAGAGCGUUUACGUCGACUUUUUAAUAGUUGUGAUGGUGAUGGAGAUGGCUAUUUGGAUGGAGAAGACUUAACAUUUAUGUGUCAAAUGUUAAAUAUGGCUGAUUCAGUUGAUGAAGUGAGACAACAAUUAGGUUUAACAGAUAGCUCAAAAAUAUCUUUCGAUGAUUUUCUUCGCUGCCGCACAAGAGUUAUGCUUGAAUCAACCAUACAGCAAACACAGCAUGUUGUGUUUAACAAGAUGGCGUCAUCAUCCUCACCUGCUGUAUUAUCAGGAGAAGAUACUGGCAUUGAGUCAGAUACCAGUUGCAUGGUUGGAAAUAUUUCCGCUAAUAAACUUACUUCUUGGCCUACUUUAAGCAGUGAUAGUCUUGGGGCACUUUCUUAUAGCAAGCCAGAGAGUGCUGACUAUGACAGUGGAGCUCGGGAUAUGAGUCCUGAACCAUUGACAAUGAGUCUAACACAGCUGAUGGAGACUCAUGAUCCUUAUUCAUUUAAACAGCUGAGAGAAGUUGGAGCAGACUCAUUAUUGGAUAUUGCUAAUAGACUCCAUGCUGCUGCACUGACUUCAUUGAAAGGGGAAAUAUUUGAACUGAAGAAUCAUAUAGUAAGGCUGGCUACAGAACAAAGUAUGUUGGAUGGUUGUCAUACUCAUAGACAUAUCCCAACUGACAAUAAACUUGGUCCUGCAGACUUUGAAGACAGACUUGAAGAGUUGACCUCUAGGUAUGAAGAGAGAAUUAUUGAACUUCAUAGUGUUAUUGCAGAGUUGAGGAAAAAAGUUGAAAGACAUCAAAUCAAUGUCAUCAGAGAGGAAGAUGAAUAUGAAGAAUCAGAUCAAGGGCAAAGUGUGGAUGGAGAGAGCAGUAAAGAUGAAAACCAUGAAAUCAACCAAGAGUUCAGUCGUGUUGUGUCAGAGAUACAAAGCACCAUGGCCAACAAACCCCUACCAACAGGUCAGUGUUCUGAUGGAUUGAUGGGAAUAAGUUAUACAGCGGAGGAGACUGAGGACAAAAAGGAAGAUAAGCUACAAUUAGAGGAAGAUGGAAACAAUGUUGACUCUCCUCCCAAACUUCCUCCUCGUAUGAUGCGUCCCAACUCUCUGACCAAAAGUACUUCCAUGGUUUUAGACCCACAGUUGAAAGCAGAGUUGUCAGUCCUGAGGACAGAUAAUGAAGAGCUUCGAAGACAAACAUGUAAUCUAGAAAUUGAGCUUGGGCAAAUGUCUGAACAAAUGGGAACAUGCAUGAAAGAGAAGGAGAACCUGAUGAAGAAGGUGCUUGAGCUUCAACAUAAACUGCAGGCCUACACAACUUCUAGUCCAAGUCACAGCCGAGUGGUAACACCUACUAAACAGUCUUCUACACCUCCACCACUUAUUGAUAGAAGAAGUGUUGAGCCUGAUGUUUACCCAGUAGCUAAGAUGGCAGAACUCAAGAAACUCAAGACUUGUGUUAGUGACAUGCAAGUGUUAGGUUCUGAAGUGACUACAUUAGGGGUACAGAGCACACCAACAGCUGAACAUCUUGUUCAGUCUCUCAAUGAUGGUUCCAGUGUUGCAGAGCUAUUGAAGUCAAUGUCCAGGGGAGGGUCUACUAAUGUUGGUGAGGCUGUGGUCAAAGAGUUUGAAGUAGAGCUAGAGAGACGACAAGCAAAGAUAGAUCACUUGAAGGCUCAGAAUGAUGUACUGACAGCUACACUUGAAGAAAGUAAAUCGCAUGCUGAGAGACUGAGUGUAUUGAUAGGGAAAUAUGAAUCCAACAACACAGCAUUACAGCUUGCUGCAGUCUUCUCAGAUCACUGUAUGGAGGCACAAGAUGUGCUCACAGCACUGUUGGAUACUGAGAUGGGAGUAUUGUUGGCUAAUUGUAGAGCUGCUGGUUUAGGUGGAUUAGUUGAAACUGAUGAUGACCAGGAAGAGGUAACUGCUAUUUUACAACGUGCUCAUCAUGCCCGGAGACGAGCAGAAGGUGUUGCUCGUCAUUUACUGACACGUCUUGACAGAAACAAUAGUAACCAUGUAACACUGGCGGCAUGUCAUCCCUGGGAAGAUGUGUCUACCAAUAGCAGAACUGCCAGCACCAGCAGCACCAGCAGUUCAAAUGAUGCAGACUUUAGUAAAGCUGAUGAAGUUAAACUUAGAGAUCAUAUCCAGCAACUCAAGUCUGAGAGAGCUGCAGUGAGAACUACAGUGAUGGAACUAGAGAGUAUUCAUGUUGAUCCUAUCACCAGUGAGCCUAGAAAAAGAAUUGAAGCUCAGAGACUGGACCUGGAAAAUGCUGUCCUGGUACAGGAACUAAUGGCUGUCAAGGAAGAAAAGGCGGAACUCAAGGCCAGAAGCUACUUACUAGAGAAAGAGAAGAAAGCUUUAGAACUACGACUGAGUGGUAAAGAAACUCAAGAACAAGCCUACAGAGUCCAGAUUGAUUAUCUGAAAGGAGAGUUAUCUUAUCAUGAUCCUACAUUAACCUGCCCUUCCACCACUGUACCUGAUCAUCCUUACAUCACAGAACUUAAAUCACGUAAUUCUUGUGAACUGUUACAAGAACUCAAUCUGUCACUGGACAGAGAGCGCACUUUGAAGAAUAGAAUCUCUGAACUAAUGUCCACACUGGAGAAAAUUUCUAGAAAUUCUGAAAGUCGGCAUAAACAAUCAGCAGAGUUUGUAAAUGAUUUGAAGAGAGCUAACUCAGCUCUAAUUGCUGCAUUUGAUAAAGCCAAGAAGAAAUACCAAGGCAGACUGAAGAAAAUGGAAGUCCAGUUGAAGAGUGUAUGUGAUAAAUAUGAAAGUGACACUUCAGCCUUGAGACAAAGGUUGAAAGUAGAGACAAGACCACAGCCCAAUGAAACCUCACUUUAAUCUUGCUACUUUAGUUGUUUAUAAUCCUUUCAGCUAUUUAUAGUGUCAACAAUGGAAAACUCAUCUACACAGCUUUGUCUUUUCAAGUUGAAAUUAUGCUAUAUUAUUACUUUAUAGGUUCCUUUCUUUUAUUAAAGCACAAAUAAAAUUAUUAAUGAAGCAAUGACUAUUUUCCUGAUUUGUUGAGGUAUUGGUAUAGAAACCAUUAGAAGAAACUGAUAUAGUGCAUUUAAGUAUUUAGUAUUUGUCUGUAUAUUUGUAAUUCAUUAAUUGUGUACACAUUUAUGUCUCAACCUGUGUCUACAGUGCAAUAUGUUUCUAGCAAUCUAUUUAGCUCAGAAACAUAAUUUUUUUCUACAUAUAUACAAUAGUUUGUAUGUUUUGUGUAUUAUCUAGUUUAUUUUAUCACUAGGCAUUUAGUCAACUCUGUAGCAUAUUGGUUAAAUUGCAAAUAUGGUUUCAAAAAUGUUUGCUAGACAGGGUAUGACUGUAAUUACACUUGAAUUAGGAAUGCUGAAGCCUAAUUCAUCAAACAAACAUUGACACACUAAAUUGAAUUGACCCUUUCAUGUUAAAAAUGACAAAAUUUGAUUCUAUGUUGGUACCGGUUUAUCUAGAUCUCACAUGUUGAGCUUGGCUACUUAUCAUUUGCUAUUCAGAGCUUAUUUAUAUAUGGGUAGAUCCAUACAUUUGCAGUGGGUAAUUUUUUUAUGUUAGAAAAUACAUAUAUUCUUUUUUACAAAAAGCUUUAAUUAAAUUUCGCUUAAUAAUAAUAAUACUAAUAUCUAAAAGCAUGCCAUAUUUUUGAAGAAUGAGAAUACUUGUAAAUUAAAUUUUCUUUCUUAGCCUUCUUAAGACGAUGCGGCCGAUCUAUUGGCUCAAGGCUAUUUGGCGAAAAGUAUGAAGCAGAUGAUCUAUUGGCCACGAUGUUUCCAACCACAAGAUUGGCUAGCCAGUGUUUGUAUCAGCCAAUCAUAUUAGUUUUUACUACUUUAAUACAUUAGUAGACUUAAAUGGCGGCUUCCUUUGCUGUUUUUAUACAAUAAUUUGGUUGUAUUGACUUUUUGAAGUUAGCUAUUGACAGAUGAAAAUUUUAACAUGUCAGCUGGUGAUAUUGAUGAUGAAAGCAAACUCACUGACUCUGAUUUUAUUUCAACUAUGAUAGUCCUAAUAAAAAUCAGGGCAGUAAUGAGGAAAGCUUUAGAACUAAGUUUACUUUAGUACUAGAUCUAAAUAUGACUAUGUCUAUUCAUGGUAACAUGGUUUAGAGGUAAGGGUGAGGAAUAGAGAAGACCUAUUUGAGCGCCAAGGGAUUAGCACCCCAUAGACUGUUUUAUGCUCUUUUUUACUACCAAUUCAGUUCAAUGUUUGUCAGGGAGAUUAAUAAAUUUGAUGCCAACCUUCUGACCAACACACAGCUCAGAAGAUAAAGAUCCCUCUGGCAAAAAUUGUGUUUGUUUCCAUGGUACCUGGGGAUGGGGAGGAAAGUAGUAAAAUAAUGUGAUAGAAGUGUCUAAAGGGUUUCCAUGUGCCUUGUUUCCCUAAACACAAGUAUCAGGGCUUAUUCAGGUGUAAAACUUCUUUAAAAACUCUUACUUUUUAAAUUCUGUUCUGUUUGGAUAAAAACAUUUUUAGAAAUUUGUGCAUAAAUUAUGCAAAUUAGCUUGGAUUAUUUUAAUAAAUGUUAAUAUUUCAGAUUGAUUUCAUAAGUUUGUAUUAGUUCAUUCUUUUCUCUUCAAUAAUAUAUAUAGUUUUGUGUAUGUAAAGUAAUUAUUUUAUUUGUUAAGAAUUUUUUUUGAAAGAGAAGUGCUUAGUCUGGAAAUAGUGCUUCGUCUAAAAUACUCCAUCUUAAGAGGGUUAAAAAAAGAUAAAAUUAUUUAAUUUGCAUAUUUUAGUUAAAAAAAAAAUGUAUAUAUCUGAGUGUGUAGGCUAAGGCCCUGGACUGUGGACUCCUCUUAACCAGGACAGAGUUGCUAACUGUAAUAUAGCUCUUUGUCUAAAAAGACAAUGGAUGCUCAUUAUGUGCUCAAAUGAAUCACUACUUUUGGUUUCUUCUGAUUUGACUAAACAAGUCAAAUCUAGUGCAGCAAAUUUGCCACAGUUCAUGCAUGUGAAUGCACCUGAUUUAGGGCUAAGGAGCAACUGUCCAAUCUUGCCCAGUUUCCUCCAACAUACUUUCAUUGAUGCUUAUAGUCCUCAGAUCUCACUAACAUCUCUGUAGGUUAGUCUUGGGCUUUCCUUGGGUCUGACUCCCUUCUUCAAGCUCAGCAUAAAGGAUGUCCUUAGGAAUUCUUCCAUCUGGCAUGCAGGUGACACAUUCAAUUCUUGUGUGACAAAAGAGCAUAGAUACUGUUUGUAUAGACCAGUUUCAAACUCUCUCCAAAUGAUGUACAUAAUGUGCUGCAGGCAGGGCAAAUCAAAACUGUUAAAUUUAUGCUCUUAGUUCAUGUAUGUAAUGCAGGGGUUGAAGGUUAGCAUUGUUUGCAUCACCAAUUUGCUAUUUUACCAGACAUGCUUAGAGAGUUUUGCAAAUCUUCUUCCGAUUGGGGCAACAUCAUAGGAUUAUAUGAGGGUAUGAAAAAAGCCACCAGCAGUGUGCACUGCUUAAGUCAAAAGAUGGCUUAAUCAUCAGUUAUCAUGUGCUGCAAAUAGAGUGAUGGGUAGAGCAUUAUGCAGAACUAACCAGCUUUAAAAUGACAUCUUGUAAACUGCUUUCUCUUACUUCCCAAAAAAUCAAAGAAGGGUUAAAUAGUAAGAGACAUGCUUUGGCAGCUGCAUGUCACAAGUUUAGUCUAACAAUAUUGGUCUAACUAAUCCAAAAAGAGGAAUAUUAGGAUUUAUUUUUUCAUGUCACUUAUGCCUUUAAAUUAAUUCUUUUUUUUUUAUUGCAAUAUCAUUGGAUGAACAAAAUGUGUAGAAACCAGUGCGACUUUGUCCUGAUUUAUAUUUAACAUUGUGCCAUUCUUUAAUGUGUUAAUCAUGAGAUUUAUGUUUGCUUCAUGCGCAUGUUUACUCUGACUGUACCACUUGAUGAUUGCACCAUUGUAUCCAAAUUUUCAUUCCUGAUAAUGUAUCAUACAAAGAACAAGUUGGUGGAGUUUGUCCAGAACUCAAUCUCAAUGCUAUGCUUAUAGAGUAUAUCGUUUCUUAUUACACAAUUCACUGCCUGACUGGAUGAAGUUUUGGGUGAAUGAGAAAAUAUGAAAAUGUAACAUUAUUACUUACCAUAUACUCAGAACAAUUACUCUUUUUUUUUAUAUCAAGAAGUGCUCUAUUUUCACAAAUGAAUUAUUGGUUUGUUUAUUUAUCCUUGUGCAUUGUCAAAAAGUCAGCAUAAAAUGUUGAACAGCACAAAAUGAUUCUUCCUUUCUUUUUUAAAACUCUUAACACUAUUUAGGAGCAUAACAUAAUGUGUAAACAUUUCCUUUUUUUCAUUGCUUGUGUUUUUUUAUACAUAAUUAUAAAAACACAAUGAAAUGAAUGUACCGUGUGUUUUUUUUUGUUUUUGCAUUUAGGCAAGGUAAGGUACGGUAUACAAGAAGUAUAUGUGGGACUGCAAAUAAAAAUAAACUUUUAGGCUUUUAUUGAUUAUUUCAAUUUUUCAAGCAUACAUUUCAGUGAUUUUGAAUUCACGGGCCACGAGUAUGUAUGGGGAAGUGUUUAUAUAUGGCCUUUUCUGUCUCGGAAGACAAUGGAUGCGCUCUGAUGAGUCUCUGGCUUUGGUUACGUUAAGAUGGGGCAGAAUCUGGAGUGACUGAUCAAGCUAAUGGACCUCAUUCACCAAUUGUAAACAAACAACAUUUAGUCACGUGAUUCUAUAUAUCUUCUAUACAAAUUAUGUAAUCCAUAGUGGCUGUCACGUGAUGCGUAUUUUUCAUUGUUUUAUCAAUAUUAUGACGUGGCUAAAUGUGUUUAUUUACGAUUGGUGAAUGAGGUCCAUUCUGGAGCGGCAGAGUUUGCCACAGUUCGUGCAUGUAUAUUCAUCUGUCCUAGGGCCAGCUGACAGGGCAGAUUUCUGUUUCUUUCUCUUGGAUGACGCAGCUUCGUUUCUCUUGCAUUCGGCGAAGGUCGUACCUACACGUACAGUCUGUCUCCAUACUGUACGGUCUUGGCCUAUCUCCUCCCACAUACUUUGGUCGAUGACCGUGGCUCUCAUGUCUCUUGGGCGGCCUUUGGGUCUGACUCCCUCUGCAAGCUCAGCGUAGAGGAUGUCUUUAGGGUUGACAUGACCGAGCCAGCGUAGUCUUCUCUGUUGAUGCUGUGCAUGUUAGCCCGUGUCAAAACUUCCUGGUUGGUGACACGAUCCCUCCAGGAGAUGCACAUUAUGCGUCGCAGGCAACGUAGGUGGAAGCUAUUUAAUCUGUGUUCUUGGCGCAUGUAAGUUGCCCAGCUCUCACUGCCAUAAAGAAGUGUGGUCAGAACGCAGGCAUUGUAGACCAGGAUUUUUGUUGCCGUAGUUAAUUUGGUAUUUUCCCACACACGCUUGAAGAGUUUUGCCAUUGCUGCAGAAGCCUUUCCUAUUCUUUUUGUCAGCUCAGUGUCUAAAUGUAGGUUGCUGGCUAUUGUUGUUCCCAAAUAUGUGAACUCCUGCACCACCUUAAGUGUGUGAUUUCCAAUAUGUAUCACUGGUAUUUCUGCAACAUCUUCAUGAUCUUGUGCUAGGAUUUCAGUCUUGGAGAGGCUUAUUGUAAAGCUAAACUCUUGACAAGCUGCCAGAGCAUUUACAAGCCUCUGCAAUCCUUCUUGUGAAUGAGAUAUGAGUGCGAUAUCAUCGGCGAACAGCAAUUGCCUUAUCAAGAUACGCCGUCUCUUUGUUUUGGCUUUAAGGCGUGCCAGAUUAAAUAGCUUUCCUUCGGAUCUACUGUGGAUAUAGAGUGAAGUGCGAAGUUUGAAAAGCCCCGAGUUGUAUAGAGGCUCGAUCAGUUCACUUUUUAUUGCUAAAACUUUUUUUAUUUGAAUGUUUACCAAAUUACUACUAUAUUGCUACUGCGCAUGCACCUUUUUUCUUCACUUCCGACACAUACUAUUUCCUUUUCCUUGUAAAGGCUAAGUUCAUGGUGAGGUCAAACUCAGGAGGUGUGGAAUUAUUAUUUUUUACUACCCGGUAGUGAAGGAAAUGGGUCAUGGGCUUGAUGCUAUUUUUAAGUCUGAUGGCUCUUCAGCUUAAAGAGACUAUUUGAAGUUGUGGGGGGUGGUUAAUGGUGCAAUGGAUGGUGUUCUUGCGCUGGAGUAAAAAGAAAAUGACUUGAUAGUGAAAAUUAAAUAUUAAAACAUAUUUUAAGAUAUACUUUCUUUGAUCUGUUCGAACCUUCCAUCAACCCAUUCGAGCUUACUAACUGGGGAAAAAUCCGAUCGAGGUAAAUUACGCUUGGCGAUACCUACUCUACACCUCUUUGACCACAUAUUUGAUUUUAACUAAGCCUAGUGAUACAUUAAAUCCGAUCUAUUUUUAUAGAAAAAAGGACGAGGAAUUUAAAUAUACCAUAAAUUUUUUCAUAUGUCAGACCGUUACGGUGCUAUAAAAAUCCAAACUUGAAAACUGCUGCCAGCGGGCUUAAUACUUUCGAACUUCGCACUUUACUGCCAUCUUCUAGGGCAGCGGUUCUCAACCUUUUAAGCUCGGCGACCCCUUUUAACAAUCCCCGACUCUGCCGCGACCCCCCCCCCCCGCACAUAUACACAGCAAUAGAAGAAUAAAUAAAAACAAUCCUUUUUUUUCAAUUGUCUUUGGCGAUCCCUGGCAAAUCGUCAAUCGACCCCCAAGGGGGUCGCGACCCACAGGUUGAAAACCCCUGUUCUAGGGAUUAAAAAGCGCUGGUGAUUACAACUGAAAAGAAGAUGCCGAAUAGUGUUGGAGCCAGAACACAUCCUUGUUUUACUCCGCUCUUGGUGGAGAAAGACCUAGAAGCGGAACUGUCAAAUUAUACGGUGCCCUGCAUAUUUUCAUGAAAAGCUGACACAAGUUUUCGUAGCUUGUUUGGACAGCCGAUUCUCUCGAAUACGGCAAACAAGCUGGUUCUGCUGACAAGGUCAAACGCCUUGGUCAAAGUCAAUAAAACCUUUAAAGAGGGACUGCCUUUGUUCUCUGCUUUUCUCCUCUAGCUGCCACAGGGAGAAGAUAUUAUCUGUUGUAGAUCUACUGGCCCUAAAGACAAGCUGCGAUGCUGGGUAAACUCGUUCUGCCAAGAUCUGCAGCCGCUUCAGUAUUACUUUGGCACAAGCCUUCCCAACUAUGUUAAGAAGGGAAAUGCCUCUAUAACUGUUACAAUCGGGGCGGUCGCCCUUAUUUUUGUAAAUUGUUACUAUGUUGGAAUUCUUCAAUUCCUGGGGGACUAAUCCUUGCUCCCAGCACAAACUUAGUUUAUGGAGUGGCUUGAUUAGGGCAUCCUUUUCAGCCUGAAUGCUUCUGCAGGAAUACCAUCUCCUCCGGGUGCUUUCCCUUGUGAAAGCAUGUCAAUGGCGGUGCUCAGUUCCUUUACUGAGGGUGUUUCGUCUAAUUUGCUCAAAAUUAAAAGUGGGGGAAGUUAGAAAAAGCAGUUGGCGAAAUGGCAUUUUCAAUCUGAUUAAGUUCAACAUAGUGCUCUACCCAUCGCUCCAUUUGCAUUGCACGAUCACUGAUGAUUGAACCAUCUUUUGGCUUGAGCGGAGCACACUUGCUGGUGUGAGGUCCAAAGGCUUUUUUCAUGCCCUCGUAUAGUCCUCUGAUGUUACCACAGUCGGCACAAGAUAGGAUGUUUUCACAUAGGUCCUGCCAGUAUUUGUUAGCGCACUAUCUUUGGGCAUCGUUUCGAGUAUAUCUGAGCGCUUGUAAGUUGCUUGGGGUGGGCUCCUUCUUGUAUUUUAGCAUUGUUACUAUCUUGUUUUUAGUGGUAGUUUCCAUUUCUGUCAGACUUGCUUCAAACCAGUCUUCAUUUUUCUUUGUUUUUUGUUCCCAAAGACCAGCGAUGAUGUUUGGCACAUAGCAUCACUUAUGAACGUCCAGGUUUUUUUUAAAUCAGUCACUGAGAAGUUUUUAAAAGCUUACUCUAAUUUCUUUGUAAAUUCGAUGCGAAGAUCAGGAUUGUUUGUGUUUGCAGUAUUCAGGCGUGCUUUUCUUUUUCCCUGUGAUGUGUAGAUCUUAGUAGGCAGCAGUCUUGUCUGAUCAGUAUCACAGUCCGCACUUUGAAAGCUUCGUGUCAGCAGUAUGUUUCCAAUACCUUUUCCGUGUCAGUAUCAUAUCCAGCUGGUGCCAGUGUCCAGACUUUGGAUGCCUCCAUGAGAUACAAUGCUGUGGUUUUGUCCUGAAGUAUGUGUUGGUAAUGCAGAGCUUAUGGUAUGUGCAGAAUUCAAGAAGUCUUUGUCCGUUCUCAUUCAUCCUGCCGAUUCCAAAAAGCCCAAGGCAGUCUGGUCAGGUACUGUAGUCUGCUCCUACUCUUGCAUUGAAGUCACCUAGAAUGAUCACGUCUUUUUAAGGAAUAAUCUCAAUGCUUCUUUGAGGCCUUUGUAGAACUUGUCUUUGUCCUCCUUAAGUGAACAUAGUGUAGGGGCAUAGGCAUUCAUCAUACUUAUGCUUAGUAGCCUUUCCGAGCCACCAACUUGAGGGACUAUUGUGGGAAGUAGACUGUUCUUGACAGCAAAGCAUACAUGCAUUCGCGUAUCAUCCUGUGCUUUUCCUUUCCAAAAGUAACUGUAAUCAGCCUCGCGGAGCCUUCUUUGACCAGUCGGGUUUCUUGGAGAGCUGCAAUGUUAAUGCGUAGUCUUUUCAGCUCGUUGUUUAUGACUGCCGUCUUCCUUGCAUCGUCAACCUGCCGUAGGUCAUUUGUGAGACCAGGACACAUUGUCCUGACGUUCCAUGUGGCCAGUCGCAUGAUAGGAUUUUUCUUUUCAUUUUUCUUCUUUUGUUGCUUGGUGCAAGUUUCAGCCUACUUGUCGUUUUAAACUAAGCUCCAAGCACCCAUUAGAGCAGGUAAGCUGUGGCGGUUCAGCACCUAACUGUCUGGGGGCUGCCCAGGUUGAGGCGGGCGGUAACUGAUCAGUUAGGCGCGAAGACCUCUCCCCCCGUCAGAGACAACCCGUGGCGUCCAUACAUUACGCCAAUCAAGUUGGACUUGUAACCCGUAACUGUUGUAGCCCGUGUUGUUUUAGCCGCUUUGCAGCAGCACCAGAGUUUCCUCUCCGGGCGCAUUCCUGGACCUUAGAUAAAGGGGUUAUGAGUAGCCCAUGCGUCAUGAUCCCUCUCUCGACCUUGCUGAUGUGAUUCAAAAGAACGCAUUGCAUUACAUUUGGCGCCAACUCAGUUGCAGAAACUGCUGGAGGGAAUUUCGUAGCUGAUACUCCCAACGUCUAAGGGGCUUCACUCCUGAUUUUUCCUCGAGAGUGUCUCCCGAAGCCUUAUUACCGCAAGACAGCGGGGGUUUGAAGUCAGAGUACCCCUCUGCUAGGCUGACGAGCUCCAUCUGCCUGAAGCUCCUGGCUUCUCAGCGCUUAUUAUCUAAGCUACACGAGCAGGCCAGGUGCUGGUCUUAGUUGUCAGAGGCUAUCUGAUACGCAUGCCUUUAGAAGUAUUUUAUAGACAAUGGGAGCACUCCCAUUGACACCCCCUGGCCAUGACAACCUUUGAAGCCUAGGGGAAGUGUUUAAAACUAGGCUUAAUUAGCAUGGUAUGAAAGAGAUGGGCUCAUGUUGGAAUCUUUACAGAACUGGUUUGGGACAUCUUGAGUGUUCUGUGAUUUGUAGGGAACAUAUUAAUGGCUCAAGUUGGUUGGUAAAGCAAGUUUGUAGAUCAAAAUAAUUAUAUUCUAUUAGUUGACCUCAUUUUAAUUUAAAUCAUGUCUGCUUCAUUUGGGCUUUAUCUUUCGGCUAUUUCGAUGUACAUUUUAUAUUCAAUGAUCUUGUGCUCCAGUUAAAGUAAAAAUAAAUAACAUAGGCCCUAUAAUGUUUUAUUUCUGAUGAAAGUAAUAGAAUUACUUAGACUGUAUUCUGUAAUAAAAGUUACACAAUGUUAUGGAUAUAUUUCUAAUGAUAAUAACAGAUCUACUUGUAAACAUUCAUUUGAGACAUUUAGUUCUAUGUAGACAAUCUUUUGAACACAUUUGUUAAUGUACUCUGAAAUGACUUCUGGGUUGUUAGGUUGAAAUUGUUGUUGAGCCAUUACAAAAUGAAACAUAAUUAAGUAUUUGGACUGUACAGUAAAUGUGUAUGUGGUCUAACAUAAUAGAACAAAGCAGUUUUAUUUAUUGAUUGAAGCAUUGAUGUCAGACCUGCCUGUUAUGACAAAGUUUUUUUUUUAAUUCACUCAAUUUCAAUGUUUUUUUUUUAAAAAAAAGGUAAAAUAGGAUUGAAUAAGAAAUAUAUUUUCCAAUAUUUCGGAAACUCUUUUUUUCACUUUAUAAUGUUCAAAGUGUCCUGUAUUGGACUAUGUUAAUUGAACUGAUGCACCCAUGUGACGAGACAAUGUCUCUUCGUGAAUUGAAAUACAUCAUUGUUAGAUUUAGCGUUUGUUUUACUACAUUUUGUUGUUUACAGUUUUCAUAAUGAUAUUCUUCUUUAACUGUUGUUGAUUUGCUUUUCUUGUAUCUAGCAAUGUAUUAGAAAUAUGCAUUGGUUUAUUCUAUUGUUGUAUGUAUUCUAAAUGUUGUCUUUACAUCACUGAACACUUUAUGAAAGUACUAGUCCAUUUCCUCAGUGCAUUUACUUUAGAUUUGAACACACAACAUUACUGCCAUUUGAUUGAAACAUUAGAGAUACAUACUGGUUGGUUAUGAAUGUCUGAACUCCAGGUGAAAUUAGUUGGUCACACUGGAUUCCAGGUGAAAUUAGUUGGUCACACUGGACUCCAGGUGUAAUGAGUUUGUCACACUGGACUCUAGGUGAAAUGAGUUUGUUACAUAGGAGAAAUAAGUUGGUCACAUUGGACUUCUAUUUUGAAUGUCAUUUAUUUUGUUUUGAACAAAUCUAAAGCAACUUGAAGUCUACAAUUUAUGAGUAUUUUUUUUACAUCCCUUUUGAACUGCUGGUGCUAUAAAGUAUUUAUUAAAUUAAAACUUUCCAUAUGGUUUUUAAAUAUCUUCUGUUACAAUGAACUUUGUCUCAUAGCCAUCAAGCUGUAUUUCCAUGUAAGCUUUAGUUGACAAACAUUUGCUCUCUGUGAUGUCAUAAUAAACUACACAUUCUUUGGUGA